GACAGCCCCCUACGGGGGGCAAUCCCGGGGGGCGGGGCAGUUCCAAGGGGCGGGGCAGCCCUGCGGGGCCAGGGCGGGGCUAAAAGUAAAGCCGCCCAGGAGCGUUUGGCGCGAAGUUGUCCUAGCUGCGCUACCUGCGACGGCGCCGCUUCGUAGGUAGUCCCUUCCUGUUUUCUCCACGGAGGCUUUUCCACUCCUUGCUUCGUUAUUUUGCCAGAGAGCUUGAUAUCUCUUCACCGAGUGCGUCAUGGCUCCCAAGAAAUGCCCAGAAACCCAGAAGUCCCCCGACGUUGCGCUGCUCCUCAGGAGCAAAAGUCGCAGAGGUCCUCAGGAGCUGGAGCCCGAAGCCAAGAAGCUGCGUGUGCAGGGUCCCGUUUCUAGCAGGACAUGUGAGUCGUGCUGCCUUCUGGCAGAGUUGUCCAGCUGGCAGAUCCCUCCACGGAGUAGCAGCAUUGUCAGGGAUCUUUACCAGCGUAAGUUGGGCAAAACCACCUGGUCAUCACUACAGCAGGGUCUGCAGAAGUCCUUUUUGCACUCUCUAGCUUCUUACCAGGUAUUCCGAAAAGCUGCCCCCUUUGACAGGAGGACUACGUCCUUGGCAUGGCACCCGACUCAUCCCAGUACCCUGGCUGUGGGCUCCAAAGGGGGAGAUAUUAUGAUCUGGAACUUUGGCAUAAAGGACAAACCUAUCUUCCUUAAAGGGAUUGGAGCUGGAGGAAGCAUCACUGGGCUGAAGUUUAACCAUCUCAAUACCAACCAGUUUUUUGCCUCCUCAAUGGAGGGAACAACCAGGCUGCAGGAUUUUAAAGGCAACAUUCUCAGAGUUUAUACCAGCUCAAACUCUUGCAAGGUCUGGUUUUGCAGCCUUGACGUUUCUGCCAAGAGCAGAGUGGUGGUUACAGGAGACAAUAUGGGACACGUGAUCCUGAUGAGCACAGAUGGCAAGGAGCUUUGGAACCUCAGAAUGCACAAAAAGAAAGUAGCCCACGUGGCCCUGAAUCCCUGCUGUGAUUGGCUUCUGGCCACAGCCUCAAUAGAUCAAACAGUGAAGAUUUGGGACCUGCGCCAAAUUAAAGGGAAAGACAGCUUCCUGUACUCACUGCCUCACAGGCAUCCUGUCAAUGCAGCUUGUUUUAGCCCAGAUGGAGCUCGGCUCCUGACUACUGACCAGAACAAUGAGAUUCGGGUUUACUCUGCCUCCCAGUGGGAUAGCCCCCUGAAUCUGAUCUCCCACCCUCACCGCCAUUUUCAGCACCUCACACCCAUCAAGGCGACCUGGCAUUCACGGCACAACCUCAUCGUUGUGGGCCGAUACCCAGACCCUAAUCUUAAAAGUUGUGUUCCCUAUGAACUAAGGACAAUAGAUGUGUUUGAUGGAAGCUCGGGGAAGAUGAUGUGUCAGCUCUAUGAUCCAGGAUAUUCCGGUAUUACUUCGCUCAAUGAGUUUAAUCCUAUGGGAGACACACUGGCCUCUACUAUGGGUUAUCAUAUUCUCAUUUGGAGCCAAGAGAAAGAUGGGUCACAGAAAGCUCAUGAAAAACUAUGAAGAUGGUGUGGGACAGCAAUACUGGACCCCACAGAUGAGAACACAUUCUGUGAGGAGUGGCUGUUUGUUAAUAGGCCAGAAGUACCCAAUUCUUAGGUUUGGGGCAGGGACACUUGUGAAGAGGGAUACUGUGGGACUAGGAUACUGACAUGUUACUGCUCUAGAUUUUGCUCCAGAAAAUUAAAGGGUAAACCAACUACCCUCAGGGUCCCAGCUGUGUCUAGCCUGGAGGCCAAGUUUAUGCUAGAGCCAAGGUACUUUUCUUUUUUGUGAUGUAUAGGAGCAGAAUAACCAGAGAAUUUUUAAAUUCUUAUGUUCAAUUUUAGCAUGGCCAAUAAAAGCAUAUCCUUUGUAUCUAACUAAAAA